AUGAAUAACCUACCCAACAGUACCGAACAACCGAUUAUGGAGCAGAAAGGCAAGAAGGUUGCCCAAGACCAAGGGUCCAAGACUGACAAGAUGGAGCAGGACAAUUAUACGCGCCCCCCUCGCGUUAGCUUUGGCAUUGAGCUAGAGUUUCUCGUGGCUCGCAACACCGACAACGUUCCCGAUGUAGACAAAGAUGUGCCAGGUAUCGCACCAGCUACGUACAUGUCAGGUCGUGAUGCGGUCAAGAAAUUGCUGCAGGACCACGGGUUCUGUGUCAGUGGCUAUGCCGCUCAUAGCUCAUCAGACCAGCUAUGGAUAGUUACGCGAGACGGCAGUGUAUCUGAAAACUUCAAUGAGAGCACUCGUCAGAUUCGUUGGGAUCCCGUGGAGAUAUCCAGUCCACCAUUAUAUUCCUCUGAAGAGGCAUAUAACCUCAUCUCGGCGGUUGUUCGACUGCUGACUACCAACCUACGAGUCCGGGUAAACACCACCUGCGGCUUCCACGUUCACGUUGGCAAUGGACCCCAUCAGCUCGAUUUGCGUGCGCUAAGGAACUACGCCGCGCUUCUCUGGGCAUCAGAACCCGCCCUUUCGACACUCCAUUGCCCUACACGAAGCUUCGCUUACUGGUCGAAGUCCAUCCGACGUCGGCACGGUAUCAACUUCGUCAAAGGCCUAACUGCCAAUGAGGCACACCGUCAGAUAAUGAGCAGGGCACCGCGAAUGGUGCCUCGCUUUAUCUCAAGGGCGAGGAAGUUUGGAGAAAGUCCCGCUGCCUCCUAUACGGCUUUGCGUCAACACCUCCGGGUAGACGACGAUAAUGAAUUGAUGCUAAAGCUGACCCAUGACGAUGACGAAUCUGAUUGGGAAGACACAUACAGCAAACCUUUCGAACGGCCCAAGAGACCAAAAGGACCACGACACGAGGAACUAGGUUAUGAACAAGACGUAACAUUGUUUUUAGAAAACCAAGCUGCGCUUUCAGACAGCCAAUCCACCCGUCGUGAGCUGCCUCCUCAAAUCGCCUUUCCAGUCUCGGAAAUCAUGGCAUCUGGCACGUCGCUUGGCCUUUCUCUGUUGCUGGAAGACAAGCGAGAAAAGAAGAAGCCCAUCUCCUUUCGAGAGGUAGACACCCUCCCGCAGAACAGAUGGAAGAUCGAUUCAGUCACCCAAAACAAUGAUGGUCCUGUUGACCUUGACGCUAUUGAGGCCAAUACGAAACUUGCAUGGAAAGGAGUCGCCGAGUUCUUGGCUUGCGAUAUUGGUGCGCACCAGCUUGCAUACCUGCUGACUGAUUGCAAGAUAGGCUGGGUGAUCAAUAAAGGCUACACCAGCAACUGGAUGGGGCAGCUCCCAGGGGAUCUGUCAGUUCAUAGGCGUGAGCGGAUGAGCAAUCCGACCAUCGAGUGCCGUCUCGCUGCUGGCACUCUUGAUGCGGAGUGGAUUGUCACCUGGGCCAAGAUUCAAUGCCGUCUGCUCGAAUGGGCUCGAGACGCAGAUCCUGCACAGUUUAUGAAUGUCAUUGGUAAGUUAUCUCGUGACGACCAUUCUCAGGAGUGUACGUAUGAUGUACUGGACUUCCUUAGGGAUAUUGGCAUGUACACAGAACUCAAGUGUUGCCGGGAGCGUCUUCGCAGAUGCGAGGAAGCUUGGUACGAGUGCAUGUUGAUGAAGCCGCCUCCUUCUCCUGUCUACAACACAACGCCGUCGCAGCGUUCUAACUACGAUCCAGGUCUAUCCUUUAGUAUAGAGAGAGAGGAUGAAUGA